CGGGAGCGGCGGGCCCGCCUUCCAUCCAGUCCCCAAGUUCCGGACCCGGAGUGGGCCACCUCUCCCGGUUGGAAAGAGCCAUCGCCCCUUUAAGGGGAAGAGGAGGGGAAGGGGGCGGGCGAGCGGGGGGCGGGGAGCGGCGGCGGAGGAGGGGGAGGGGGAUCCCCUCGCUCCCACGUGGUCCGGGCGCCUGUGAAUCGCGCCGGCCGGAGGGUCUCACAGCGAAAUACAAAAGCAGCUGGGAAGCGGCGGCGAGGCGAGUUCCCAGCGCCGGGCAGAGCGCAGGGCAGAGCCUCCCAGCGCCCCGCGGCCGCGAUGGGGAUGAGGCGCUUGGAACCCCGAAGCCAACAAGCUGCCGGGCCCGCCUCGCCGCCGGGACCCGGGCGCCCGGGCUCGGUUUGAAGAGGCGGCGGCACCGGCGCGACCACGGGAGCAUGGGCAGGAGGAUGCGGGGCGCCGCCGCCACCGCGGGGCUCUGGCUGCUGGCGCUGGGCUCUCUGGUGGCGCUGUGGGGCGGGUUCCUGCCUCCGCGGACCGAACUGCCCGCCUCUCGGCCGCCUGAAGACCGACUCCCGCGGCGCCUGGGCUGGAGCAGCGGCCCAGCGCCCGCGCCGCGCUUUCCUCUGCCCCCGCCACUGCCGCGGGACGCCCGCGGCGGCUCCCUGAAAACUUUCCGGGCGCUGCUCACCCUGGCGGCCGGCGCAGACGGCCCGUCCCAGCAGCUCCCGGACGAACGCAGGCGGCACGUGCCGGCCGAGCGGCCCAGGUCCGCCGAGAGUGCCGUAGUGCACGGGGGCGUUUUCUGGAGCCGCGGCCUGGAGGAACAGGUGCCCCGGGGCUUCUCGGAGGCCCAGGCGGCGGCGUGGUUGGAGGCAGCGCGCCGCGCCCGGGUGGUGGCCCUGGAGCGCGGGGGCUGCGGGCGUAGCUCCAACCGGCUUGCCCGCUUCGCCGACGGCACCCGCGCUUGCGUGCGCUAUGGCAUCAACCCCGAGCAGAUCCAGGGUGAGGCCCUGUCCUACUACCUGGCACGCCUGCUGGGCCUCCAGUGCCACGUGCCGCCGCUGGCCCUGGCCCGGGUGGAGGCGCGGAGCGCACAGUGGGCGCAGGUGCAGGAGGAGCUGCGCUCAGCCCACUGGACCGAGGGCAGCGUGGUGAGCCUGACGCGCUGGCUGCCCAACCUCACCGACGUGGUAGUCCCUGCGCCCUGGCGCUCCGAGGACGGCCGUCUGCGGCCCCUGCGCGCCGCUGGGGGCGAGCUGGCCAACCGCAGCCAGGCAGAGCUGGUGGACCUGGUGCAAUGGAGCGAUUUGAUCCUUUUUGACUACCUGACGGCCAACUUCGACCGGCUCGUCAGCAACCUUUUCAGCCUGCAGUGGGACCCGCGCGUCAUGCAGCGCGCUACCAGCAACCUGCAUCGCGGCCCCGGCGGGGCGCUGGUCUUUCUGGACAACGAGGCGGGUUUGGUGCACGGCUACCGGGUGGCGGGCAUGUGGGACAAAUAUAACGAGCCGCUAUUACAGUCGGUGUGCGUGUUCCGCGAGAGGACAGCGCGGCGCGUCUUGGAGCUGCACCGCGGCCGGGACGCGGCGGCCCGACUGCUGCACCUCUACCAGCGCCACGAGCCUCGCUUUCCCGAGCUGGCGGCGCUCGCCGACCCCCACGCUCAGCUGCUGCAGCGCCGCCUCGACUUCCUCGCCAAGCACAUUUUGCACUGUAAGGCCAAGUACGGCCGCCGGCCGGGGACUUAAUAUCACCGGGAGGAAAAGAGAGAGAAAGAAACAGACCUCGGACUCGGGGAUGGACGAUGGGGGAAGGGCUGUCGCCCCUGAGACCUGCGGGCCAACGCCCAGCAAGUGGCCUGAGCGUGGAGGCGUCUAAAAAACUUCCGCUUCAUCCACCUGCUGGUUUUUCUUAAUCGCAAGUUGUUUGCUUUCAAAGUUCUGGGACGAUGAACUCACCGUGAGAAGUGCACCAUUCCCUCCACCCAGCCUUUGCAAAGAUUCUUCCCUGUGCUAACACCGAGUUUGGGAUCCUAAGAAUCUGGCUGCCGGGUUUUUGCCCCCAAGUGGCGGUCUCUGUGGGAAAUACGCCCCAUUCCUGGGCCCCCACACUCCCCUUCCGAAAAAGGAAAACUUCCGUUGAGCUAAUUCUGCAAUUUCCUACCAAACGCAGCGCUGGUGGCCCUGGAGCAGGGCUGUGACAUUGGCUGGUGGAGCCCCCUUCCUGUGCUCUCCCUUUGUUCCAGCGCCGCGAUGGUGAGAUCACUGUUAAGAGCAGAGGAACGAAUGACUCCCAAUAGGACAAAGAGAACAGGACCUCUAGAUCCUGGGAAGCCCUGCAGGCCCUGACGUUUGCCUGACUUGUUCCUUACCCCUUGUCAUUUUAGCCUGAAGGCUACUGAGGGCAAGACCAGCUAAAUGCACUGAAUGAAAUAAUGAUUUUUUUUUUCUCCCCUAACCGACCAAAAUACUGACAAUGAUGAUGUUCACCAGAAAAAAAUCCGGUUCAUGCACUUUACUUUGUUUUUAUUUUAAUUUUUAUUAAGAAAAACUUUUUUAUUUGACAGAAUUUGCCUUCUAUGUAUAUAUGUGCAUAAAAUGUGGUGUAAAUAUACUAAACAAACUUAUAUUUCAAUAAAAGGGAGUUUAAAAUUUA